CAUGCAUAGACCGCUCCUUUCUUCCGGGAAGGACUAGGGCAGACUGUCUGCUGUGGGUUUCAACGUGUGUGUUUGAAUGAUAGGCUUUUUUCGUACAUUAGAAAUAUAGAACUUGUGUUGUGCUCCUUACCGGCCUAUAACAUUAGAUUCUACAAUAAGCACAGCUGCUUCGAACAACAAAGAAAGCUGUUUUUCUUGUUCGACAGGACUUACGGCAUUUCAAAAGCAAUCUCAGGUGACAUAGAAAAACAUUACACACCCACACGCUAUUCCGUACAGGCUACCUCCACGAUCUACAUUCUCAAAUUCCAUACAUACACGUAGUUUUAGUUUUAGUAAUGGAUGAAGAGCCUCUCAUUGUACCUGAAGAACAUGCUGAAGAAGCUGGCCCCGGUGAGGCAGCCAAUGCACUAGGAGCAGCAGACGAAAUGACAGACCCAGCUAUGCGCCCAACCACCGAGACGGUGUGCUGUCAGUUCGAGUACUCCGCUACUGUUGAUCGUCUAUCUGCUUGUUGUCAUGGAGGAGCCAAGAUGGCGGUCCUGGCCUACAGCCUGGGCAAACGAGAAAUAAAUCAGUAUUUUAGUAUUAAAAAUGCAAAGUUACUCUCGUUUACCGCUGUCGUUCUUCUUAUCGCAUUUCACUCUGCAUCGCGGUACUAUGGAGGUGGAGACACAUGUGAGUGGCUGCUGUCAAGCGGUCGGUUUUUGGGGGAGAACGUGUGGCAGCCUUAUGGCUGUAUGAUGCACAAGUACAAAAGCACUGAAGCCAAGUUUUGCCUCAGCCACAAGAGUGUGGCAUUUAUUGGUGACUCCAGAAUUCGGCAACUUUUUUAUUCCUAUGUCAAAAUUAUUUACCCUGACUACAGAAACGAAGGAAUUAAGCAUGAAAAUAUCCCCUUCGAAGAUCGGGCCUCCUCACUCAAUGUGAAUUUCUUUUGGUACACAGAAGUGAACAACUCUCUGAAGGAACAUCUUCAAGCAUAUAUAGAGAUGUCUGCAAAACCAGAUGUCAUCAUAAUGGGUGCCGCAACGUGGUCCAUCAAACUCCACAGCGGCAGCAGCGAAACCGUGCUCCACUACAAAGCCAACAUCACGGCCAUAGCACCAUUGCUGGAGACCCUAGCUGUGGACACCGAGGUCUACUGGGUUUUGCAAGAUCCUGUCUCUGAGGAGCUGCUGAGCGAGACCCAUAAGAUGAUCACCAACGAGCAGAUCGACAUGUAUAACGAGGCGGCGGUGAGCGCCCUCAACAGCAGCAAGAAGAACGCUAAGGCCAGGAUCCGCUUUCUGAAGGCCUCCCGGCAAGCUGCCAUGGAAACGGUCGCCCAGUCUGACGACGGCUUGCACGUGCCCGAGGGCACCGGAGAUGUGGGCGCGAUGGUGAUGAUGAACGCUGUCUGCAACAAGGUCCUCCGGCCCAUCGACGGCUCCUGCUGCCAGGCCCUCCCCGCCACCAGUGGCCUGCAGAAGCUGACGGCCAUAGCCUUCCUGGCCUGCGCUGCGGGCUUCCUGGCGCUCCACGUCCUCGGCUACCGGCGCCAGCGCAAGAGCCGUCCGCCGGCACCUGUCGACGUGGAGUGCGGCGAGGAGAAGAAGAAGCCCGGCUCGGCGGUGGCGGCUGCCCUCAACUCCCGCGGCCCACUGUUGGCCUUGUGCAAGAUGGGCCUCAUCAUGGCUUACUUCUACUUGUGCGACCGCGCCGACGUCUUCAUGAAGGAGCAGAAGUUCUACACUCACUCCACCUUCUUCAUCCCGCUCAUCUACAUGUUUGUGCUGGGGAUCUUCUACAGCGAGAACAGCAAAGAGACGAAAUUUCUGAACAGAGAGCAAACAGAUGAGUGGAAAGGCUGGAUGCAGCUGGUCAUCCUAAUCUACCACAUCUCUGGAGCGAGUGCUUUCCUGCCGGUCUACAUGCAUGUGCGAGUUCUUGUGGCGGCGUACCUUUUCCAGACGGGAUACGGACACUUCUCCUUUUUCUGGCUCAAGGGAGACUUUGGUCUCUACAGAGUGUGCCAGGUGCUGUUCCGGCUUAACUUCCUGGUGGUAGUGCUGUGUUUGGUCAUGGACAGGCCGUACCAGUUUUAUUACUUUGUGCCACUGGUGACAUUCUGGUUUGUUGUAGUCUACGCCACAAUGGCUCUCUGGCCCCAGAUCCAGCAGAAGAAGGCCAAUGCCAGCGGCAUAUGGAAUUUGGGGAUUCUGAUGAAGCUACUCGGCUUGCUAGUCUUCAUAUGUGUUUUUGCGUAUUCGCAGGUGUUCUUUGAGAGUGUCUUCUCCGUCUGGCCAAUUUCAAAGCUCUUUGAGUUGAAGGGAGACAUCCAUGAAUGGUGGUUCCGUUGGAAGCUCGAUAGAUUUGCAGUGAUCCAUGGGAUGGUGUUUGCUUUCAUGUACCUGGCGCUGCAGAAGUGUCAGCUGCUCUCGGAAGGCAAGGGGGAGCCCCUCUUCUCCACCCGUGUCUCCAACUUCCUCAUCUUCGUGUCGGUGGUGUCAUUCAUGACCUACUCCAUAUGGGCCAGUAGCUGCAAGAACAAAACAGAGUGCAACAAGAUGCACCCCUAUAUCUCUGUGGUGCAGAUCCUGGCCUUCGUGUUAAUCCGGAACAUUCCUGGCUACGCCCGUUCCCUGUACAGCUCAUUCUUUGCCUGGUUUGGGAGGAUCUCCCUGGAGCUCUUCAUCUGCCAGUACCACAUCUGGCUGGCGGCCGACACCAAGGGUAUCCUGGUGCUGGUGCCCGGCAACCCCUCGCUCAACAUCAUCGUCAGCACCUUCAUCUUCGUGUGUGUGGCGCACGAGAUCUCGCAGAUCACCAACGACCUGGCGCAGGUGGCCAUCCCCAAGGAGAACGGCCCGCUGCUCAAGAGGAUGCUGGCCAUGGGCGUGUUCCUGGCUGUCGUGCUGCUGCUCUCCCGGGACCACUGAGAAGGAGGGUGGACAGGGGGCAGGAAGUGGAUGGGGGUUUACGAGACAUGGCGUGAUGCUGGGGGGUGGGGAAGGAGCCAGUUGGCAUGGAAACUGGAUCGCCGGGCACUGGAGAAGAUGGAGGACGAGGUUCGGGGGUGACUGUGAAAGGGGUCACUUCCAGCUGGACUUGGUCAAGAGCGUCGGAUAAAGGUCU